AUGAAGUACACCGCUGCCCUCCUCGCCCUCGCGGCCGCCGUCUCCGCCCAGGACAUCUCCAUCUUCCCCGAGUGCUCCCUCGACUGCAUCAUCAGCGGCAUCGGCUCCGGCACCUCCUGCGAGCUGACCGACUUCGCCUGCGUCUGCGAGAACACCCAGUCCCUCAUCACCUCGGCCACCCCUUGCGUUCUCGAAGCCUGCGGUGCCGAUGUUGCUCUCAGUACGCCCCCUUCCCCUAUUCCCAUCCCUCCCCCCUUACUAACCUUCUCUCCCAGACGAGGUCCUCCCCGCAGUCGACGAGUUCUGCGCCGGCGUUGGCGGUGGCGACGAUGA